AUGGGAAGCUUUUUGUCAGUGUCAGUCCACCACCAGAGUAAGGACAAGCGCUCCCGCCGCUCGAGACGCUUGUCAAAACCACCUCCGAAACAAGCAAGCGUGGAAUCGGUCACCUCCGUAUCUCAUCAACAUCAGUCUUCUGUUGGUAGUUCGUCUGCGUGCUUGCAUCCCGCAGCUGCAUGGCAAAAUCCCUGGACAGGGGCAUCCAUACCCAUCAACACGCAUAAUCCGGCUUCGAGCGGACGAAGAUCACAUUCUCUUCCUUCUGUGACUUCUCAUCCCAGAACGCCGUGGCCUUCCGUCAAUGCACCCCGAAAAUGCCAGGCUAUAGCCAGAGAGCCACAGGGCAUGGAUUUGCGCUCGCCCACUGUCGCUACUGUGGAGCCCUCUGCUGUGGAUAGACGAGCAUCUCUCCAGCCCUCCGGACAAGGUAGCGUUCGGUCCGCCGACUUUCGAGCCUCUCCGCAAUCACCAAUUGACCGGCACCCCAAACGAUCCUAUUCGACCACUUCGCCACCUCAAAGAACGCACAGUGCUAUUAGCCGCAGUACUAUCGAAGAAGCGAAGUCUUCCAACACGCACUUCAUGGUCGACAGUCAAGGCUUCUCUCUGAUCCGCCGACGGUCUCUAUUGACGCGGCCUGGGGUUGCGACACGACGAUCGACCAGAGACCCGGCUCGAAGACAGCCUCUAAUGCUUGACCAGGGGAAUGGCCAUCUAACCAACAACUCAAAUGUGUCAUGUCAGGCGCACGAACAAUUCGCAACUCACAAUGAAGAGAGCACGACCAGACCUGGUAUUCCAUCGGGGCAAUUACGCCCUCCUACACCGAAUGAACUCGAGUACACACAUCUAGGAGCACUGAAACUAGGCUCAUUACGCGUCGUGAAUGGCUCCACAUCCCCAUGCCCCAGUGACCGAACUAGGGUUAAAUACCCCGAAGGUCCGUCACCGAGCCUGCACCCAGGAUGUGCAUCUGAAGAGGAGUCCAUCAAGCUUGGGCGCCCAGACUUGCGACGCAUUAAGACUCAGGUUUCUUCGAAUAAUAAUGAGCAACCUGACUUGUUGCCUCAUCGAACCGACAUCAGUCCGAACAAUAUGACUGUUUUCGAACCCUGUUUACAGGUUGCUGGGGGUGAGUUGGCGACCGCCCAGGCCCAUCUGCAGAGACUUGCCAGGCGUAGUUCAGCUACGUGCUCCUUACAGAUCCCCAAUAGUGCCGAUUAUGCAGAGAACGAGGAUGUUCCGACAAGUCCAUUUUCUAUUGAGAAAUCGCCCACUGUUCCAGACUUAUUGAGACCGUGUAUCUCAGUAACGAACGCUCAAGGCGGCUCUGCGCCCCCAAGUGAUAGAAAAGAUGCUUUGUCAAAGCAGGGUUACUCAAGGUUGAGUAAGCGCAGAGGGUCUCUCUAUUCGCAUCAUAUGGCUGAUAGCGGACAUUUCCAUUUCUGUCUGAAUAAUCAAGCUUCAAGGUCGUCGCCUUCUCAAGUGCUUGUGGCGCCUGCUACUCCAUCGUUCAGUCCUACGUCUAGUAAUAGGGCGAGAAACGUUCAAUCUUUACGAUCUACAGAUCUGCCAGCUACAGAAAAGCAGCUUCGAAUACAUCGACAAUUGAGUCUCCAAGCUUCUAGCAGUCGCCGCGAACUUGAGGUUUCUGACCAGCCAGCUUUUGUGUCUUCUAUGUGUCACGACUUACAACAACGACGUCAUUAUAGGCGUGCCAGGAGCACAUCACUUGCAGUCUCGUGUGAUCCUGAUCGUUUAGUGUCAUAUCCACAAUACUGUGGCCAGCUGCGGAGCUAUGAAGGCGUCUCUUCUAACUUCGAUAGUACUUACUCAGCGCAGCGAUUGAAGACGAAUAUACCACGGUCAUCUGAUAAUAUACCUCAGCGGACUGGGCACAGGAACUUUUUUCUUGAUCCUGGGAUGAGCAAUGACAACAUUCGUGACUCUCUUCCACUCAAUCGGAAGGGGACCAUGUCUCAUCCGAGCAUUGACUCUUACUUCGCGUUGCGCCUGCCUGCUGGAAUCGCGGGCAGCAAUUUACAUUACAAUAGUGGGCCAUGCCCAUCCUUGUCUGAAGGCAGCUCGACAUCAACUUCUCAAGUUGGCGCAACGAGUGAUUGUGGGACUCUGAGUGGCGCCAGCAGCAGUAGCAGAAGCAGCACACUUAGCGAUUCUUGGCUUUCCAAAGCGACCACUAGCACAUAUCAUCUGCCAAUUUCUCAAGAGACGUUGAAGCCAUGUGGAGAGAGCAUGAGGGCUAUGAUCCCGGACUUUCCGCGGGGUCGGACCCGAAGUCGAACCAUUGAGCAUCAGGGGCGCCGGCUGACGAGGCAUUUAUAA